AUGAUAGGUACGCCAGUCCUGAAACCGUUGUUUCAAUAUUUAGUGCUCACCCUGUAGUUAUUUAAAAAAAAAGAUGGAAAAUUUAUAGUUCAUCCGCCUCUGACAGUUCUCGCGUGUCUGCGUCUCUCUGUUCCCUCACUGGCGAGGUCAGAGAAACAUGGAAAUAGCACGUAAACAUGAGAGAGACGUCGAGAGAUAAGGGGGCGCAGAGAAGUUCGCCCAAUCGCGAAAUAGUCGAAUUUUCAUGGAUUUCUUUAACUUGGAAAAUUUUGCAGAUUCAGGUUUUCAGAAUAUUUUUCUGGUACACCAAAGAUGAAUUUUAAACUUCCCCCCAAAAAAAGAAAAAUUAACCCCGCUUGUCAGCAAGAGCUUUCCAUAACACCUUAAAAUUUAUUAUUAAUCACCUAAGAAAAAGCCCCCCCAUCUUAAAAAACCAUCGACUGAAUUCCUAAACACCGGCUUCUCCCCUCCAACAAGUGUCCAAAUCUUCUUCCUCUCCCCAUUUUUUGAGCCGUUUUUUUCAAACGCUGAAUUUUUAACAAUCUCACCUUGUUUUUGUUUUUUGCAGGUUCAAAACCAAUUCAAGAAGGAAAAAAAGUGAGAAGCUGACGGGCCCAAUGUGCACAUGAGCCGACUUUAUGGUAUGAUUUUUUAAAUCAAUUAUCCAACUUUGUUUUGAUUUGAAUUUAGGGUAUGGAAUUAAAAUGCAUAUUCUACAUACAACAUCUCAACUGAAGUUCUAAGCCCAAAAUUUGAAAUUUUUGAUUUUUCAAAAUCUUAUUUCAGCUUCAUCCAUUAAAAAAAUUAAAAAAAUUCCUCUUUUUUUGAAAAAGUUUUUUUCUCAAGAAGCUAACUUUAUGAUAUCAUAUUCUAGUCGAAUUGAAAAAAAGGCCAAAUAAAAUUUUUUUAUUACAUUGAACCCAAAAAAAUGCCAAAAAAACUAUCAUGAUCUGGUAUUGAAAAAGAUUUUUUUCGAGUUCAAAAUAAAUAUGUGAGUCAGAAAAAGAUCAAAAAAAUAUUUAUUUUUCAAUGCAAAAUUGAAUUUUUCUUUUAACUUUUUCAAUAGUGAUUUUUUUAUCGAAACUCGUUUCAUCUUUUAAAAAUUCUUCUUUUUUUAUUCAAAAAUCCUAAUCGAAUUGAGUUUUUUUCGCUCCUCCUUCAACAUUCUAACGUUCUAAAAAAAUCUAACUUUGUCAAAAAAAUUAAUUUCACGGAAAUCCCCCUUUCAUAACCUUGAAAUGUAGUAAAAACUUCAAAAAAGAAUUUUAGCUUUACAGUUUGAAAAUUUUGAACCUUGCCUUCAAAUUUUUUCCAUACUUUAACUUUAAAUUAACCUUUUAAGGUGCAAGAAACAUAUCAAGAAAAAAAAACUAACCUUUUGAAAAUUCCAGGCCUUGUUGACAUCUGCCUGCUUGCUGCCUUCGUCAGCUCGAACGACUUUGAGCUGGAAACCGGUGGAGCGCUGGUUCGUCCAUUUCUUUCCUCAUAAAGAACAAAAAGCUGAAAGUUCAAUAAUUAAUAAAAAAAAAUGCGGGAGAAGCUCCGGGUGCUUCGGACAAGUGCAAAGUUUGACGAUCAAAAAAAUUUCCAUUGGAGAAAAUUUAAAAAAAAUUUUUUUCUGAAAAUAAAAAGUGUGUUUUUCACUCAAGCAACUACUUCAAAAAAAUAACAACUGAAAAGCAAAAAAAUUUAUUAUUUAAGAAAAAAAAAGUGGUCUCAAACCUUUUUUUCACUUGCGAAACUGUUUGAUGAACUUUAGGAUUACAAAAAAAUUGAACUAGAAUUUCAAAAAAAUUUUUAUAAAAAAAAAAACGGUUCAUUUUUUUCACUUUUUUUAUCUUCAAAAUAUGCAAUUUAUCCUUCAUUUCAAGAUUAUUUUUUUGUCUCAUUUUUAAAAAAAUUCUCAGGUAGAAUGCGUACAGUGCGUUCAACUCUGGAGAUCAGCGUCGGCGAAAGAAAGUCGAGUUUGUACAAAUGGGGCGACGACUUGCCGUGGAACCGCCUGUUUCAUGAUUAAGUCUUUUUUUCCUCUAAUUUUAGGACAUUUUUCCCAAAAAAAAUUUUUUUUUUGAGAUUCCCCACGAACUUGUGGGAUGAGGAGGAAUCCAAAAAAACCAAUUUUUACCUAAUUCGUCAAUUUCUGAUUACAGGACAAUGCAAACACUGCCCGGUGUACCAGUACAUGUCCGGCUGCGUUCAGAUGACGCCUUGGCAAUUCUCCGAUUUGGAGGUUUGCCAAUUUUUUGAUAGAGUCUUUUUCCAAAUUUUACUCACAUGGAACUUCUAGGACCUCGGUGAAGCAAACCAGACGCGCCUAGGACGUUUCUGAGAAUUUCUAGGGAUCACUUAAGAGAUCUGAAGCAUUUCUGAAGAUUUCUAGUGAUGAGAGUUCUGAAGCCGCUCUGAGCAUUUCUAGUGAUCACUUAAGAAAUGUGAAGCCGUUCUGAGCAUUUCUAGUGGCCACUUAAGAAAAUUAAAGCCGUUCUGAGAAUUUCCAGUGAUCAAUUGAGAGUUCUGAGGCCGCUCUGAGAAUUUCAAGUGGUCACUCAAGGUUUCAGAAGCGUUUCUGAGCAUGUCUAAAGAUCAGUUAAAAGAUCUGAAACCGACCUGGGCCUUUGAAGUGAUCACUUGAGAUUUCUGAAGCCGUUCUGAGAAUUUCAAGUGGUCACUUAAGUAUUUUGAAGCCGCUCUGAGCAUUUCUAGGGAACACCAGAAGGUUCUGAUGCGUUUCUGAGAUUUUCUAGUGGUCACUUAAGAAUUUUGAAGCCACUCUGAGUAUCACUUGAAAGUACCGAAACCGCUAAAGUGAUCACCAUAAUUACUCAGAAAUGCCCGGUUUCUCAGGAACAACACAGUAAAUGAUUUCGAAAAGUGCUCACAAAGAGUCUGUGUGAAAAUAAAUUUGAGAGCCAUACUUUCGAGUGCCUUUCCUUUAUGACUUUUGAACAAGAGAUUCGAUAUCAAGCUUUUAAAAAAUGAUGUGAAAUGAAUAAAAAGAAACCAUGAUAUAACUGCCGAAAAAAGAUCGUAAAAAAUUAACUACAUUUUACAGAUGAAUCGGCGUCAUUUGGAGCUUCGUAUGCGACGGAUCGGAGCCGUCUUGCUCUGCGAAGACACGUUCAAUCAAACGACUUGCGUUUGUAAUCGGUGAUUUUUCUUUUUUUCAAUUUUUAAGUGCGCUCCAUUGACAAAUUUUUUUCAAGAAUGAUUUGUGAGUUUUUUUUUUUGCCUAUAAAACGCCUAAAGAUUUUUCAAAAAAAUUUUAAAAAAAUCCCUAUGAGCUUUUUUUGAAAUUAUCAUAAUCAAAGUGGAAAUUUUUUUAAAAAAAUUGUUUUUCUGAUAAGGAAUUCAAAGAUUUGAUUUGAUUCGAAAAAUGAAUUUUUUUCAGUCGCGACAAAUGCAACUCGAUUCAUUCGCGUCUUCCCUAUACGACCUAUUCGGAAGGUCUUUUCAAAGGAGUCGUCAAUUUCGACGCCGUCAUUGGGGACCUCGAUCCAAGGUUCUUUUGAGCAAAAAAUAAAGAUUACGAUCAUUUAAUAAGGACUCGAUUUACAAGUUUAUUAUAUAAUUUUGAGUAAAACUCAAUCUUUUUCUUACUUACUGGGAAAACUUUUAGUGGCCACAAUAGAGGCUCGCCAAGGACUACUUGAAGACGAAACUAAAGUGGCCACUAUCUUCCGUUUUAGUGACCACUGUAGAGGUUCCCUAUUAAGUGGCCACUUCAGUAGUUUUUCAUCCAGUAUUCCUUCCAGUAACUCUGAUAAGUUUAAAACAAACAGAUUCGACCAGUUAUGUUGAUCCAUUGACCCCUAAAGUGGCCACUAAAAUUUUUAGUGGUCUAAUAUUAGCACUCAGACCGCUAUAGUGGCCACUAUUUUUUAAUCCCUUAGGUGGCUACUAAUUUUACUACUAUAGCGGCGAAUAAAACGUCAAAACCCCAUAGUGGCCCCUAAAAGUUUUUCCAUUAUAUCUUUAAAAAUAAUCACAGUUUCAAUAGAAAUCCAUUAUUGAAUUUUUUUUUUCAUGUUUCAAUUGAUCAAAUUUCAGGAUCAUAUUCCUUUCGAUAAAAAAAGUCAAUUUAAUUUAAUUCUUCAAAUAAGUAAAUGCAAAAAAAGUUUUUUUAAAAAUAAUCAUUACGAUUUUUUUACGAAUAAAUGAAAGGAUUUUUUUCAACUGGAAAAAAACUUUAUUUUUGUAAUUUAUUUUUUUCUCUGACUGAUUUUUCUUAUAGGAUCUAAAUAUGAAUAUGAAUAAAAAGGAUUUUUUUCAUCCUUUAUUCGAAAUUUUUUUAAUAUUUUUUUAGCUUCCCAAACUUCUUCCAGUUCCCACUGGAAAAAAACUCAAAAAAAUAACGGUUUUUUUAAUGAUUUUUCUUGAAGUACUAUUUUUUUGAGGUUUAAAAAAAGCUUACGUAGGUAUCCUUCUUCAUUUUUAAAAAUUAUGGUUCAUAGGAACAGUUUUUUUAAACUUGAAGUGUUCAUUUUUUUGCUUUAUAAUAUUCAAAAAAACUCAGAAACUGUCAUGAAAAAAACAAAACUUGUUUAUUCGAUGCGUUUUAAAAAAACUGUCGUCAUACAUUGUUAUUUUUUUAAUUUUUCAGGAUUCCCUUCUAUGUAGGAGUGUUAACCAUUGUCGAUUUUAUCUCUCCCUCAAUUUUUUCUCAAAUCAGAACAAGGAAAAUUUUUUUAAAUAUAAGAAACAGGCAAAAUGCAACGAAAGUGACGGUUUUUUGAACAGCAAAGUGGGCGUGGCUCUGCGGUCUCUACUUAAAGUUAGGGGCUUUCUUUUCUCAUUAUCUACAUAGCAAACAAUGCAAUAAACAUUGAAAAAUAAGAAAAAUAACCAGAUUUCCAGGUACCUGGAAGUGAUGUCGGGCUACCACUUCCGUUUCACCGCCGCCAACGUUUCUUCUUCACACGAUUGCCUUCUUCCUAUGUUCCUCCUGAUCGUACUUGUCUCGUCCAAACUCUUUCACUUCACUUAA